UCAUCCAAAUUUCAAAGGAAUCACAUUAGUGUCGGAGUGGGUUGUGUCGUCACUUCCGCUCUGCGUCUGACUGCUGCUUGCAUCAUUUCUCGUCUCCGUCGGCAGCCGGUGGCAGAAAACAUAAGCCAUGGUGGAGCCAGUGCCCGAGUCGAUCAACUUCCCUGCCCAGGAGGAGAAGAUCCUGCAGCUGUGGAAAGAUAAGGACUGCUUCCAAGAGUGUCUCAAGCAGUCCAAGAACAGGCCCAAGUACGCCUUCUAUGAUGGACCUCCUUUUGCCACCGGUCUUCCCCACUAUGGUCACAUCUUAGCUGGCACCAUCAAGGACAUUGUCACUCGCUUCGCCCACCAAAAUGGCUUCCACGUGGACCGACGUUUCGGCUGGGACUGUCACGGCCUUCCUGUUGAGUACGAGAUUGACAAGACUUUGGGCAUUAAGGGGCCUGACGACGUUGCCAAGAUGGGCAUCGCUGAGUACAACAAGCAGUGCCGAAACAUUGUCAUGAGAUACUCCACUGAGUGGGAGGCUUCAGUGACAAGAAUGGGCAGAUGGAUUGACUUCAAGAAUGACUACAAAACUCUCUAUCCAUGGUUCAUGGAGACUGUCUGGUGGGUCUUUAAGCAGCUGUACGACAAGGGACUGGUGUACAGAGGUGUGAAGGUCAUGCCUUUUUCAACGGCCUGCAACACACCUCUGUCUAACUUUGAAUCACAUCAAAACUACAAGGAUGUUCAGGACCCGUCGGUUAUUGUCAACUUCCCCUUGAUUGGUGAAGAGGACGUGUCCCUGAUUGCCUGGACGACCACGCCCUGGACACUGCCAAGCAACUUGGCCCUCUGUGUGAACCCAGAGUUCCUGUAUGUCAAGGUCAAAGACAAUGCCACUGGCCAGACGUACAUCAUGAUGGAAGCCAGGCUGUGUGCUCUGUUUAAGUCUGAGAGCGAGUACACACUCCUUGACAAAUUUCCUGGCAAGAAGCUGAAGGGGAAAAAGUACAAGCCUCUGUUCAGUUACUUUGCCAAGUGUGGAGAGACAGGAGCGUUCCAGGUGGUGAUGGAUAACUAUGUGAAAGAGGAAGAGGGCACCGGGGUCGUCCAUCAGGCGCCAUACUUUGGGGCUGAUGAUUACAGGGUAUGCACAGAGUACAACAUCAUCCAGAGAGACCAGGUCCCGAUCUGCCCUGUUGAUGCCUCCGGCUGCUUCACUUCAGAGGUCACAGACUUCGCGGGACAGUAUGUCAAAGAUGCUGACAAGAACAUCAUCAAGUGGCUGAAGGAGAACGGGCGACUUGUCAACGCAAGCUCUUUCAAGCAUAAUUACCCGUUCUGUUGGAGGUCAGACACACCGUUGAUCUACAAAGCUGUUCCUAGCUGGUUUGUCAGAGUGGAGCACAUGGUGGAUAAACUACUGGACAACAAUGGAAAAUGCUACUGGGUUCCUGAGUUUGUGCGUGAGAAGCGCUUUGGGAACUGGCUGAGAGAUGCACGUGACUGGGCAAUUUCAAGGAACAGAUAUUGGGGCACUCCGAUCCCUCUUUGGGUCAGCGAUGACUUUGAGGAAGUGGUGUGUAUUGGAUCCAUUGAUGAGCUGGAGGAACUAUCUGGAGUCAAGGUUACAGACCUGCAUCGUGAGAACAUUGACGGCCUGACCAUUCCCUCCCGCUGUGGCAAAGGAGUCCUGCGAAGGAUCACGGAGGUGUUCGACUGCUGGUUUGAGAGUGGCAACAUGCCUUACGCCCAAGCCCACUACCCUUUUGAGAACAGGAAGGAGUUCGAGGACACCUUCCCUGCUGACUUCAUCGCUGAAGGCAUUGACCAGACCAGAGGAUGGUUCUACACCCUCCUGGUGCUCUCCACAGCUCUGUUUGGAAAACCACCAUUCAAGAAUGUCAUCGUCAACGGUUUGGUACUCGCUAGCGAUGGACAGAAGAUGAGCAAGCGCAAGAAGAACUACCCGGAUCCUGGCGUGAUCGUGCAGAACUAUGGAGCUGAUGCCCUCAGGCUCUAUCUCAUCAACUCUCCGGUGGUGAGAGCUGAAAACCUGCGCUUCAAAGAGGAAGGUGUGCGAGAUGUGUUGAAGGACGUCUUCCUGCCGUGGUAUAAUGCCUAUCGCUUCCUGAUACAGAAUGUGCAAAGACUGCAGAAGGAGGACGAUAUCCAGUUCCUGUACAAUGAAAGUACAUUAAAGCAGAGCGACAACAUCAUGGACAAAUGGAUCCAGUCAUUCACUCAGUCCCUCAUCCAGUUCUUCAGGGCUGAAAUGGACGCGUACCGCUUGUACACUGUUGUUCCACGUUUGGUGAAGUUUGUGGACAUGCUCACCAACUGGUACGUGCGGACCAACAGGCGCCGUCUUAAGGGAGAAAGUGGCACUGAGGACUGCCUGUGGGCGCUCGAAACCCUCUUUAGUGUUCUGUUCUCCAUGUGCAGGCUGAUGGCUCCAUUUACUCCCUUCAUUACAGAGAUGAUGUACCAAAACCUCCGUCACCUCAUCGACCCAGCUUCUGUGGAGGAGAAGGACACUGGAAGCAUUCAUUAUCUCAUGCUGCCCCAAGUCAGGGAGGCUUUGAUUGACAAGCGCAUUGAAAGUGCUGUGUCACAGAUGCAGUCAGUGAUCGAGCUGGGUCGAGUCAUUCGAGACAGAAAAACUCUCCCGGUGAAGUACCCACUAAAGGAGGUGGUUGUCAUUCACCAGGACCCAGAAGCUCUUAAAGACAUCCAGUCUCUGCAGAAAUAUAUUCUGGAGGAGCUAAAUGUCCGACAACUGACACUAUCAACGGACAAGGACAAGUAUGGCAUUCGCCUGAGAGCUGAACCGGACCACAUGGUGCUGGGGAAGAAACUAAAAGCUGCCUUUAAAUCCAUCACAGCCUCCAUCAAGGAGCUGACCAGCGAGCAGCUUGAGGCUUUCCAGAAAUCAGGAUCCAUCAUGGUUGACGGACAUGAGCUUCACGAAGAAGAUCUGAGGCUGAUGUACACCUUCAACCAGAACGCCGGCUCUGCUGCUCAGUAUGAAGCACACUCUGACGCACAGGUCCUUGUCCUGCUGGAUGUCUCACCAGAUCAGUCUAUGGUGGAUGAAGGAGUCGCCAGAGAAGUCAUCAACCGCAUACAGAAACUACGCAAGAAGGCCCAUUUGGUUCCUUCCGAUGAGAUUACCGUGUACUACCGCUGUCAGCCAGAGGGGGAGUACUUGCACUCUGUCAUCCAGGCUCACACUGACUUCAUUCUGGCUACAACCAAGGCUCCGCUCUCCUGCUGCCCUGUGCCCAAGAGUGCUAGUGUCAUCAUUGAGGAGAAGACUCAGCUGAAGGGCUCAGACUUGGAGCUCACCAUUGUGAAGGGUUCCUCUGCCCCUAUGGCUCCUAUAGAUGGGCCAGCUUGUACCUAUGUAAACCUGAGAGUGAAGGUCGACAGCAAAGAACAAGAUGGAAUGGUUCUGCUUGAGAACCCAAAAGGUGAUAAUGGAUUUGACGUGGACAAGCUCAAGAAAGUCUGCAGCACCAUCUUCGGAACCAAUAACGCCAAGCUCCAUUUCUUCAGCGGCACCACAGAGUUGACAAACAAAAUGGACAUCCAGAGUUUAACUGGAAAAACUCUGACAGUAACGACAGGAUGCAAACCUGAGUCGGCUCCCGCCUCCAACGGCCCACUUUGUCCCUACGUGAACCUGCUGCUCUGCAAUGCAAAACCAGCUGAGUGCCAGUCUGGUGAAGUGGCCACUCUGCUGCUGAACAACCCGCUCGGCCAGAACGCUCUCGACCACUCCGGUGUCCUGUCGGAGGCUGCCAAGGUCUUUGGACUCCGGAGCAGACGGCUCAAGCUAUUCCUGGACCAGGAUCUCACCCAAGAGCUGCCUGCUGAUGCUCCCGUGACGUCUCUCAACACCAAAACUCUCUUCAUCGGAGUUUUCCCCACGACGGCCGAAGCGUAAAUCCAGACACAUUAGCCACUGAUUCAUGACGUGUUCUUCAAACGGCCUUCAACACGGCCUUUUUAACCGAGAUACCCAACGUUACCUUCGCCCUUCUCCAGCUGUCGUGCGGGUCCAAUCAUCGAACCUCUGUUUAUCCUGCAGUUUGUGCCGUAACCAGGUGACUGUGGAGAAGUAUUUACUCAAGUGUUUGGAUUCCCUCUCAGAUAUUUCAGAAGGGACUAGUUGUUUGAACACAACAGCUGAGCGGACCAGCUGGAUGGAUGUGUGAGGGAGAAGGUGUGAUCAGCCAAUCAUGGCGACGCUAAACUGCCUGAAGGAGCAUGAACCAAGAAUCAACAACCAUCAUUGAGACAGCCGAGACUCCUGAGCGCAGUCGGACCUGACCAGCUGGCCCGCUCUUUUUAUGCUAAUGAUAAAAUGAUGCAUCUUAUUCCUUUUGAGCUCAGCCAAGUCCGCAGUAAUUAUGUCGGGGGCUGGUCAUCGGGAAGCCAAUUUUCUCUUUUGUGCUCACACGCCUGUUUGAAUUGAACAGAGGAACCAAUUCUCUUAAUCGCUUUGGAAGUCCCUCGACGCUUGUGAAGGAAUUUGAAAGGUCAAAUUGAUUUUUGGGGCUGCUGUACCUCUGGGGCGGCAGGGUUCUGCCGUGGAAAUGGUGUACUAUUUUGAGUGACACGUGGAAUAAAUCUUUGGUGACUAAAA